AUCUACCAUCAGUACGGUGUUGUGCGCAGGUUGAAACGCGCGAGUGUUGUGUUUUUUUAAUAUAGCGAUCGAUUCCGUGUUAUACAACAUGGCGCGGCGGAAAAGUGUGUUUACAAAGUGGACUUUAGCUUUAAUUGUAGUUAUAUUCUGUCCGUUUGUAUGCUCGCGACCUCAAGAAGUGCUCUCACAAGCUCCUAUUGUCAGUAGUUCUAUUAGUAGUGUUGAAAAAGAUAAGCCAACAGAGAACCCAAUAAGGAUUUCCAGUCUGCCGAAUGAACCGAAGCCUAUGAAGACAGAAGUAACAACACCUGCAUCCCUGGAGAAAAAUUCUGCAAGAGAUGUCAAGACUAAAGGCCCAGCAAUUGGUGAAUCGAUAAAACUUGUUGCGAACCAAUUAUUGGAUAAACCGUCCAAUAAAACAAGCGAUGAAUCAGUGCUUACUGAUACUAGAAUACCACCAAAAUUAAAAAACCAAGUUACAGUCAACAAGCAAAAGAUUAAGACAAGAAUUGAAGAUGCAGAAGAAUCGAUAGAAAAUGGUCAUGCUGGUAUUGCGGUUCCAGUGACUAUGGAAGAUUUAGAAUCAGAAAAUAAAAUAAGCGAAUCGUCUACUUCGAAUGAAGGCAUUUCUACUUGGAUACUUCUUAGUAAUCAUAAUAGUAAAGACAAUCUUACUUCGUCAACUGAAUCUACAAAGCUGGAAGAAAACACAAAGAAACAGAAACCAAUAAAUUCUAAAAAUAAAAACAAGCAACGCCCUCAGAAUAAUAAACCUACAGUAAAACGCCCGAUAAUUGGAAGCACUAAUAAGUCUGAUUUGGUAGCUAGUGGCUCUGCAAUAAAUGAAAAUGUGUACAAUAAAAUUAAAGACACGGUACUAUCAAAUGUGGAGAAAAAUAAAAACCCUUCCACUCAACGUACACCUGUAGCAAGUACCACCACAAUUCCUACUACCACUGAAAUUACAACUAUUAAAAAGGAAAGUGUUACUAAAGCUCCAGCUACAAUUACUCCGGUAGUGAAAGUUACAUCGAAACCUAUUAAAAAGAAAGAUAAGAACAAACAUAAGGUUAGCACUACAUUAGCACCAAUUGAUAAUGACUCAGCUCUAUUGCCAAUGGAACCAAAGGAACAAGAAAUUGAAUUAGAGAUCAGUACACCUGCAACUACAACCAAAAAGCCAAAACGUAGUUCUAAUAGAAAGAAAAACAAGACUAAGAAGAAGAAGCCAAGUCCAGCUAAAAUUGAAAGUGAUACGAAAAUAAGUGAUAUAAAAAGUAAUAAGACAAAAUCUGCUAAACCCGCAAAGAAACCGAAUAAUCAGGGUGGUCCACUUAGUACUCAAAUCUAUAAUUAUUUAUCUAGAGAAGUUAUGCCAACAGUAGGUGUAGGAGUUAUUGGUCUUGCUAGCUUAGUUGGCAUAGCUAGUUAUUUCUUUUAUCCAUUUACUACACCAGUCAGAAGAACUUUUGAAGUCGACAAAAAAGACGACUUAUACAAGAAUAAUGACGAAGAAUACGCAAGUGAAGGUAAUGGACAAGCUGAAGAAGAAAUGCUUGGAACAGUUCUUGCCGGUAUGCCAUCCCAUUCUAAGCAAAAAUUAAAUCCUUAUGCCGGCCAAACUGUUCAUAAUAACAGGUAUCCAAUGAAAAAAGAACAAGACAUUAGAUAUCGCCAUGUAGCCGCUAAUUACGAACCUAACUAUAACGUUCGUUAUCCCCAACAAAAGACUGGAAUUGCACAUGGAGCUACAUAUCCUAAACCAGUAAAUUACAACCCUCAUCAGUAUGAAACUAGAAAUGUUUACACAACAGAAAACAAAUAUGCAUUUGAUAAAUCAUCUACUUCUUAUCCUUCUGUAGAACCAGUUUACGCUGCACCCCAAACUGCUUCAUCAGCAGGAUAUCCUUACGGAAGCGAUAUAUCAAACUCCGUUGUUUAUGGCAUUAAGCCGAAUGAUGAAUCAAAUUUCAGACCAGUCUAUCCUUACGAAGGUCAACAUAUGACAUACCCGUCAACGUCUAUGGAGUUGGAAUCAAAUAGUGAAGAUACAGAACAAACCAAAUACACUGAAAAUAAUAAUAACGAAAGUGGAAUAAUUGAUAAUAAAUUUGUAGUUGGCAAUGUGCCUAAGGAAUUAGUCGAUUCUGUUGAUUCGGCUACUCCUGCUGUAGUUCCUGAACAUGGCCCUAGAAAGCUAAGAAGGAGGAGAAGACACACUGCGUACAGUAGGAGUAGUAUAACUGGUUCCAUUGAACAGCUAUUAAAAGAAGCUAAAAACUCUCAUAAAGAUAUUUUUAUAAGUAAUGAAAUUUUUGAUAAUUAUAAUUAUUUGAACAAAUUAGAGGAAUUAUCUGAUCCACAGCCCACUUACAGUACUGUAACAAUUCAACCCGAUGAAAAAGAUGUGUACACAGUUUAUGCUGCAACUGAAGGUCCGAAAAUAGAAGACAAAUCUACAACUGAUACACCAACAAGUUUUAAAAUAGAAAGAGUCGAAAGCGUAUCAACUGUACCGAUAAGUAAACCAGAAAAAUCUACAACAGAAACAGAUGCAUCGAAUGAAUUGGAUUCGACGACAAAAGGUUUUAAAGUAUACGAAGUGUAUUCACCCCUAACAGAUGGUACUGACAAGAAUAAUCCAACGACAAAAUCAGAUACAUCUAUUGAAACAACAACACAGUUUAGAAAUAUGAUGACAGAGACCACUACAGACUCAAAAUCGGAAACGACAUCUACAAUACAACCCUCUCUGUCACCAAUAACUGAAGUUACUACAGAGAAAUUUAAAGAUACACCUGAAAUUGUAACCUAUCCUCCAGCGAGUCAACAAAGCGGUUUUUUAUCUUUAUUAAAGCGAUUUAUUGAAUUUAAGUACAAGCUUGGAUUAAGCAUUUUACAAACGACAUCUGACAAUUUGAAAAGAUAUCUUGAAUCUAGUGGCAACUACGGAGCGAAACCGCAGAAGUAACUUAAAAAUGGGAUGAAAUUUAGAAAACUCUGAUACUCACCGACCUCCUAUUUAACCAUUAUUUAAAUUGCUUGAUGUAGUGUUUGUACUUUAAGUAAGGACUUUUUGAGCAUUACUCAAUCAAUCACAACAUAUAAUACUUUAAUUGUGCAGCUCCGGAUCUAGGGGAUAUGACUACUGAGGGCCCAUACCCCAGGGGGCAAGUUCUGUGGUCGGCAAAUUCAAACUUGGCAGAUGAAUACAGUACUCAUCAUUAACGCAUCUUUGACAACUUGACCACUGAGACGUCAACUAAAUUAUUUGCGUUCAAUGUAUUUGAAAAUAUCACAAUAAUUAACAACAAUAUUAAUUGGAUAUAUCAUUUUUAGAA